AGCGGACGAGUAGGUUGAUUGCGGAUCUGAAAUGCUGUUGUGUGUCUCUCGCUAUCGGUUGUACUCGUGACGGACGCGUCCCUUCUGGCGUGGCGUAACUUGGUCUGCUGGUGCGACUUCGCGCAGGGUCCAACUCCAAGUCAGUCAGGACGUGGAGUUGGGCCCUGCAGGAGGUACAUGAGACAGAACCAAGCGGCACACAUCUCACAUCACCUGAUGACACAUCGAUGCAUUACAUCCACCGAUUCCCUUGCUGACAUUCCCCGUGUGCAUGCCUUCAACACACACAUACACGCGGUCAUUCUCUCUAUCGACCAACGCACGGGCGACGCAGACACCAACACUGACAUGAACACCAUCGCUCUCACUGUCUGCACAGUACACGGCACACGUCAUGACGUCAGGACCGCUCGAAUGCCUUGGCCGGCACACAGCUGAUGGCAGCACUCUCGGGCGGGCAGGUGAUUGACUCGUCGGGCUCGAUGCCCUUGCCGUCGAUGUUGGUCUGCGAGGGCGUCUCGUAGCGUGCCGUCGUCACCGCAAGGGCGCCCGCAGCACCGUUCUGGAGGGGCUGCACCAAUCAGACAGACGGACCGACAGAUGGAAGACGAGAUGCCUCUGUGUGCCUUUGUCAGCGUAUCUAGUACCCACCCACCUGCAGUGUCUGUACGACCCCCUUGCCGUACGUCUUUUCGCCCACCAGCACGCCCCGGCCGUUGUCCUUGAUGGCGGCGGCAAAUACCUCCGCAGCAGAUGCCGUCAAGCCGUCAACCAACACGACCAGCGGCUGCUUGACCGCUGGACCUGCACACACAGAUGCCCAGCCCACGUCAUCAGUCGGUCGUGACUGUCUUCCAGCGUGUGUCUUGAUGUCUCCCUCCCCCCACUCACCGUCUUGGACUGACGCGUAGUCGGUCUUGGCGCCCCUGUUACUGGCCACGGACACGACGGUCUUGCCGCUGGGCAGGAAGAGCCGUGCAGCCUCGAUGCCGCCGGUUAAUGAGCCGCCCUUGUUCUGCCUGAUGUCGACCACCAGCCCCUGCACCCUGUCACGCUCAAACGAAUCGAGAGCUGACCUCAGCUCCUGUCCCAUGUUCUCUGACAGACAGACAGACAGACAGAGACAAAUGCGUACGGUUCGCCGAUCGUCGUGGUGUUGGUCUCACCGGAGAAUCUUGCGAUUCGCAUGACGCCCACUUUCCGCCCAUUCUUGGUCUCCACUGAGCAUGUGAGCUCACCGGCUUGCCCCUCCUCCCUCACGAUCCUCACGGCCCUCUCGUCCCCUGCCGCCCCCUCCCUCACGCGAACCAACACAGUGCUUCCGAUGGGGCCCUUGAGCAUGCCCUCCGCCUCCUUGACGUCCUUGGCGCUCUCACCGUUGAUCGACACCAAUAUGUCGCCAGCUUUGAGCCCUGCCCGGCCAGCGGGGGAGCUGGGCGGCACCGACGACAGAGUCAGCUGCGGCGGGUCUGCUGCGCUGGGUGAUGAUGGCGAUGAUGCUUUGACCGACGCACCGAUGCCUGCGGCCCGGUCGCUGAAGGUGUUUAGCGCGGCUGAGUAGCGGUCCGGUGUGAGGAACUUAGUGUACUUGUCGUCUAGCUGCAGCAGGAGGGAGUUGAUGGCGCUGUAGGCCUCGUCGCGGCUGGCGUAGGACGUGUCACGGACGUACUUCUGCCGAAGGGCGAACCUGAACAGAGAGAGGGAAGAAUGACAGAUAGCUGGACCAAUGACAGCUGGGCUGCCUUGCCAUACCAGUCCUUGGAAUUGAAGCUUCGAUCAUAGAACAACCUGCACCAAGAGCAGAAAAGCCAUACGCAGGGCAUUCGUCAGCGUCCCCUUCUCCCUCCUGUCUGACCUGUCGGUGACUCGCCAUGCCUCAGCCACAAUCUUCUGCUCCGCACUCAGCUUGGCGUCAGCGUCAAGGGGGGCACCCACCAUGACCAUGGCCAGCAGUAAAGGCAUCAUCAGGCCGCUCCACAUCCAUCGCACCGCCCCAUCCCAGCUGUUUCCAUGCAAGAUCUCGUCGUCUGCCCGCCUUCUGCUGAUGUUCUGAGGGAUUGAUGGAGGCGGUGGUGCCCUCGACGGCAUGAGUGACUGUCGCUGCAGCCUUGUCGUGAGAGCGUUGAUUGGUGCGGGGCGCUGGAAUGCAUUGCUCAGGGACAGCACCAGUAGGAAGAGCAGUCCAUCAGUGAGAGGCUUCAUGAUGCUUCAUCAGUGAGAGCAGACCAUGGUUGCGCCCGCCGGAAAGAUCUGCCCUCUCCAG